UUCUGUACCUCUGUUCCUGAAUAGAUUUUUAUAAAUAACCUGGUUCUCUUAUAUCUCUCACAAGUCGUUGCCUUUACACAAUUUGUUCUCUGGAACUAUAUUCUCAUACCUGCAUACUACGAUACCCUAAUAGAAGUAUAUACGAGACCCACCAACGUCAAGAGUCAUCCGCUAAGAAAACACGAAGCGUCCAAUUUCGGCUGCACGGUGUGCCUCCUCCGCCUGGGAUUGGAUUCAUUGGACCUGAGUCUGACAGUGGACUGAAUGAUUUCUCCGCUUUUUAGUAGGGUGGAUAUAAAUUGACAUUUCCGUCCUUCCUUCUCGUUCAAUAAAUUAAAUUUAUAGAGAGGUACUUCUACGCCCGACGCCUUAUCGCUGCCCCGCUACCCCACGUUUAAAUUCUCGGUCUCCUAACUGACCGGUCGAUCUCAGCAUCAAUAGACUAUAGACGCGGAAAUCAAAAUGCCUCCUGUUAUCCAUUGCGUGCGCCAUGCCCAGGGCGUCCACAAUCUUUGCACAGAAAACCAUGUCAUCCACGACCCUCUCCUCACCGACCUAGGCAACGAACAAUGUCGCAAACUCUCCGAAAAAUUCCCCUUCCAUGAUAAGGUCGAGCUCGUGACCGCCUCCCCUCUCCGCCGUACCAUCUACACCGCAUUGCAGAGCUUCGGACCCGUCUUCGAAGCGCGCAAGGACACAAAGUUGAUUUUGCUCCCGGACGUGCAAGAAACCAGCGACGUUCCUUGCGACACGGGCAGCGAUCCGGAAGUUUUGCGGAAGGAGAUGGAGGAGAAGGGAUUGCCCGUUGACUCGGCAUUGGUGCAUGAGGGGUGGAACAAUAAGACUGGUCGGUAUGCUCCGAAUCAUGCCGCAAUCAGGAAGCGCGCUCGCGAGGCUAGACGGUGGUUGAAGGCGAGACCUGAGAAGGAGAUCGUUGUUGUGACCCAUGGUGGAUUCUUGCAUUAUUUCACCGAGGACUGGGAGGACAGCAGUCAAUAUCAGGGAACGGGUUGGGUCAACACCGAAUACCGUACCUACGAAUUCUCCUCUGAGCGCCACACGACUGACGUGGAAGACCAUGAAUUAGAGGGCGACGAUGCAACAAUUGUUGAGACUAUCUCAUCUCGCGAACGUCGUGGUAAAGAAGGGCCUGCACCUGACCGGGAGACCCAGAAGGCCCUGUACAAGAAAGGAACGCAGGGUUGGGAUGACCAGGGUUUGCAAUUGAGCACGGCUGAACGUGAAGCAGCCAAGGUUCCAGAGGGCAAAGAAGUGGACGGUGUCCGCGUAUGAGCUGUUGGCAAUAUCCUCCGCAUAUUUGAUCUUUUGUAGAUAGUGUUGAAUACUUCGUCCAUGGCUUCAUAUAAAGAGUUAGAACGGCUGCAUAUUUGUCUUUCUGAUUUAAUACAUGGCGGUUGUACAAGAACGACAGUCUUCAGAACUUAUACCUGAUCCCACGUGCA